CUACAAAACCAAUGGACUACAAGUUCCAUGCACUCUGGCAUACACACUCUUCCAGAAAAGCGUCGUAAAAAUAGGCGUUUGCAACUUCUCAUGUAAACUGUCUUUAGACAUUUUUCCACAUUUCAAACAAAAUUGGCUUCCCGCUUUUGUGAGCGUGUGAAAGAUUCUUCUAUCCACACUGCUUGACUGCGGUUGUCAUUUAAUUCUGAUGUCUUCAGCUUGUUCUCACCUGGAGGCUGAUGCAGAGCACCAGUUCAGGAAGCAGAGAGCUGGAGUUCAUCAUGUUUUCCCCCCAUGCACAGUUCGGUAAACCUGAUUCGGUCACAAUUAGCAGACCAACCAGAGGCUUGCAUCAUCUGACUGGUGGAUCUAUGCCAAAUACAAGCUGGGAAAGAAGAUGCAUGAGGAAACAGAGGAGAAGGACAGAUGAUGAAAGCUGCAGCCCCAAACGGCGAAAACUGAUGGGAGAAGGAGGAGCAGAUGAGUAUUCAAGUCCUAAAGCGAGCCACAGAUGGUCUGCGAACUCUACCACCUGUUCUUCUUCAUCUGAGACCAGCCCGGUUCAGCUGCAGACUGGACCCAGGACAGAUGAGAUGGGUCUGUCCUUCAAUGCUGCUCCGUCUCCACUACCCAGAGUACCCACAGAAGGCUCAGGCAUGGAGGUAGAGGCCGCUCAAAGGAGACUGCAGGAGAUAGAAGAGAGGAUAAUUUUGGAGGAUGAUAGCGAUGAAGAGCUGGAUGUAGAACCGGCUCAGCGCAGGCCAGUGCUGGUGAUGUCCGACAGCUUAAGGGAGGGGCUGCAGCGUGGGAUUGAUGACAUUCUACCCCAUAUGGUAGCACAGUCAGUGGGCCGCUCUUGUAUGGAACUGGUGGUGUGGCGCCCCCCAGAGGACCCUCUCACCCAGAGGCUGAAGGACUCUUUACAAAGACAGCAGCGCAAGCAGCUGGCAGUGCACAGACAGACUCCCACCCCAGUACCAUCUAUCAGCAGCCCCCCAUCCCAGCCCCAGGUCACAACAACCAAUGAGCAGACUUUCAGCCCCCUGUUCAGCAGCCCUGCACUCCUCAACUCUGGAGAGGAAGACAUGGAGUUAUAGAGGAAAAUCCAUGAGUACUUUAUCUGACCCUGUGUGUAAAAUAAGCUUUGAACUUCAUCAGUGCAAAUGAGGAAUUACCAUAAGGGGCAGAGAGAGCAAGCACUUCACAAUGCUCUCAUGAAAUUUGUUUUGUGCCAUAUAUUUUUUUGUUUGUUUAUUUCAACCUGCACUUUUUGUUGUUGUUGGUGGGACCAUAUUUGCACUAGAUGAAAUGAGAAGUAUCCUAUGUGAAUGUGGUCAGUGAUUUUUUUUUUAUUUUAUUUUUUUUUUGCUGCAGUACAGUUGCAAAUGAAUAUUCACUCUGUUUGCUGUCAAUAGCUCUGUGCCAUGCACAUUUAGACUCAUUACUGGUUAACAAUGCAAGAAUAUUUUAAUUUUGUCUUUAUGCAGUUAGUAUUAUUGCAGUGUACUAGUAGUCUGUGUACAGAUUCAAAUCUGCCACAUUACAUGUAAUAUUUUCUUUUUAGCAGGCAUGCAACUGGUCAAAACUUGAGACUCCUUUUAAUUUGUUCUUCAUGGUGUCCAUAUUAUUUUGUUCUAGAUGCUGUUGUUAUGGAAAGUAAUGAUUGAUGCAUUUCAUGUAGGGAAUUCUAGUUUGAGUGAGGAAGGAUCAUCAUGUGAUCUUGAAGAGACAGCAGCCGGUUUAACCUUCUAUACAGACAGAAAGGGAUGCAGGGGUAUACAUAUUUAAAUCAAUCAUAUUACCUGGCUCAGUUUAUCUAGGUAAAGAACAAAUAGCACUUAUAUUAUCACUCAUUUUGGCUGUAAUUCAACAACAACAGUGAAAUAAGCUGGAAAUCAAUUUUGCAGUUGGUUUAACCAUUGGCCUAAAUUGUUGUUUAAAUGUUUCAUUUUACCUUUUUGAGAUUUAUACAUUUUGGCAGAUGUCAAAAUAUACAAUUUGUAAAUAUUGACCGUAUCACACUGACAAAGGCAAACUUGUUUUUCAAUAAAAUCAGUUUGACACGA